CAAAAUUAGCAAAUGAUAAAGUAUGUUUUUCGCCGCUGGAAUUGAGUCAUCGGUAGAAUUUAUCAGGAGGGUUCUUUACUAGGAUUUAUACAUUGCCUAGUUCAUUUGGAAACCUCUCUCCACGGCAGAUGUUGAGUUAAAGACGAUAAUUGUAGGAUAUUUAAGAUAUUUUGUUUGUUUUGUGUGAAGCUGAUGUGAUUUUUCCCUAUGGAGAAUUGCUUGGAUUGUUAAACUUAUUAUGGCUGGAUAAAUACUUGGAAUUUAUAGGAGAACCAGGGAAGUUAUCACUAUGACUACGACAGUCGAGGAGUUUAUGGAGCAUGCACUUGUCGUGUGGGUGAAGACUGUAAGUAAAGAUGGUGGUUCGCUAAACUAUGCGAACUUGAUCGACGGCAAGUAUCUGAAUGCUGUAAUGGCAAAGAUAAAUUGCCGUUCAAGCGAUGUUUCUGUUAGUAAUGAAUUGAAUGGAGAAGUUAACUCGAGGAUACAGAACCUUGAUCGCCUUCUUAAGAGCAUCAAAGUUUACUAUCAGGAUAAUCUAGAGCAGUUGGUAGUGAUGGAGUUGCCAAGGAUCUUCACCAUUGCCAAGGAUCCAGUCAGCGAAGAGGCCUUCGGGGAGAUUCAGAAGCUGCUACUGUUGCUACUAGGCUGCGCCGUACAAUGUGAACUGAAGCAGGAUUUUAUUGAGGGCAUUAAAUUACUAGAUAUCAAUGUACAGCAUGCUAUUGUCAACCAUAUCCAAGAGAUUACAGAUAACAAUGAGAAUGUUUGCAGUCUGAACUGGGGUGAUUUUGCAGACUUGUCGAUGGAGCAGCUCGACUUGCAGUCACGUAACAUGUUCAACCAAAUGAAGCGGCUCGUUAAGGAAAGAGAUAAUUAUUCGGAGACAAUAAUGGAGCUUAGCCAGGAAAAAGAUUUCCUUCAGGUGCAAAUGGAAGGACGCAAGAGCAUAUCUCCGCCGAUGAGUCCUACCGCUAAUCGACAUCAAUUGACAGUGGAACUCGCCGAGACCAAAGCAAAGUUGCGAAGGACACGGCAGGAGAUGGAAGACAAGUCGGAACAAGCAUUAGAAUAUAAGGAAGAACUAGAAAAGUUCGGACAGCAGCUGCUUAAGCUUCGGCAAGAGAAUUUAACUUUAAUGCAAGAUGCGAGAUCUGCACGUAUAUACAGAGACGAACUUGAUGCACUAAAGGAACAAGCAAGCAAAGUAGACAAGUACGAAAAUGAAAUAAGUAAAUAUAGAGAAAGACUCAACGAAAUGGAAUAUGUAAAGAGACGAGUUGAGGAACUCCGGCAGGAUAAUCAGCUUCUCCAUGAGACAAAUGCAUUACUCCAGGAUCAAGUUGAAACUUUCCAAAGCAAGGGGGAUAGAAUACGGGAAUUAGAAGCUGAUCUCUUGCGAUAUAAGUCACAGAUUGACAAUCUUCAGGAACAACGCGAGGCUGACAACGAUAAGCUGCAGGAGUUAAUUGAGGAGAAUGCGAGGCUGCAGAUGGAUCAUCGUCAGAGUUUGAACGAAUCCGCAUCAUUGGGUCAUGAACUUGAGAUGGCUAAACUUGUUUCACCAUCUGGAAAUUCUCUGUCAAAAGAAUACAAUGAUUCAGCUUCAAGCAAAAUUCUGAAACUUGAACGGGAAAAUCAAAAACUUUUGAGUGAGUUACAAACAUUGCAAGAAAGCUUCCAGACUGAUAGCAAAAGCAAAUUAUUAGAAAAGGAGAAUGAAAGACUUUGUCGGAAAGUAGAAAAACUUCAAGCUGCCAGCUCCUCUGAAAUGCAAAACUUUCUUGAACUGGAAACUGAAAACAGCAAUUUAAAAAAAGAAAAAGGACAGUUGGAAGAAGCAAUGCAGACAGCAAAAGAAAUGAGUGAGAGGCAGCUGAAAGAACAAGAACUUGAAAAUGAACAACUAACUCAGACAAUUGAAACUUUAAGAGAACGAAAUCAGAAAAAUGUUGACCACCGGAUUAGGGAUAUUGAAAAUGAGAAUCGUAAAUUACAUGAAGAGAUGAAAGAGUCUCAAAGUAAAUUAUCAAAAGUUGAAUAUGAUAAUAAGCAGUUACAGAAGACACUUGAUAAGCUAAAAGAUAAUGCAAAUAGGUUAGAGGAACUGCAAAAAACUCAUUCUGAUUCUGUCAGAGAGAAUGAUAAAUUGAGUCGAACUGUUGAUAUGUUAAAUAUUCGUUGCGAUCGUUUUGAGGAAUUAGAACAUGAGAACUCGGUGCUUGAGGUUCAAAAAGAAAAAAUGGAAAAUGAGAAGCUCCAGCAGGAGCGAUCUCUUACAGAGCUUAGGGUGCAUUGUCAGAAACUUGAGCAAUACGAGGCUGACAACGUCCAAUUAAGAUCCCGUCUGCAGACUCUCCAGAAGACUCUGGAUACUAUGAAAGACAACAUGUCAAAAGUUCUGGAAUUAGAGCAUGAUAAAGAGGAGUUAGACAGACAGAAUAGACAAUUACAAAAGUCAAUCGAGGCUCUGAAGUCAAGUCAGGAAAGAGGUAGUCAGUUGGAGGUGGACUAUAUUGAGCUUGAAACACAGAAUAAGCAAUUACAAAAAUCUAUUGAACUUAACAAAAUGAAGAUAGAGAAAUUAGAAAAGGAAAAUCAAGAAUUGGAUAACCAUGUGGAGAGAUUGAAAGAAGAUCUUAAGAAGUCUUCAGAAUCUCUGAAGCUGUCUAGCAAGAUGGUUGAAGAUCUUGAGAAAGACAAUAGGACACUUGAGCUUGAGAAGGAGACGGUAGAGAAAGACAAGCGAAGACUCGACAAAGAGAACACUCGCUUGAAGAUGUCUUUAGAAGGAAAAGACAGUGAAAUUGAUGAAGCGUCUACAAAGAUUGCAACACUUCAACGGGAGGUUAAACAUGUCCAAAAGUCUGCCGAAAAGAACAAGGAGAUUGCUGAAAGAGUAAAAGAGCUUGAAGCAGAAAAUCGUGAUCUCGUGAAGCAAUCAACUCUGGAUAAAAAAACAUUGGCAACACUUAGAGAGGAACUGGUAAAUGAGAAGAUUCGGACUCAACAACUAGACAAUGAUUUAGAAAAACUGUCAACAGAACUGGACCGUAUUGGGCUCAAUAAGGAUAAAUUGUUGAGGGAAGAAUUAAGAGAAGAUGAAAGUCGUUACAAAGCACUUCAGAGCCAAAUGGAGGAUACACUAAACCGAAGCCUCGAGAUCAAGGAGGAAAAGAUCAAAGCACUAGAACAAAGGGGCAGAGAGUUACGGAGUUUAGGAGCAGAAAAUGAAACAGAGGGUUCACUGAUGUGUAUAAGAGACAGGGUUAAGCGUGAGUACAGCAGUCUUCAGCAACGAACACUGGAAGAAGAAACUGGCAAUAGUAUGGAAGAACCAGGAAGGGCAUCGGUCAAGAGAACCGAUAGCGACAAAAUUCAUGCAAAACAGAUUAUUCAAAUGAAGGAUCAUUUGGUUGAGUUGGAACGCGAGAAUGCAACCCUGUUAGCAGAAAAUACUAAUUUGAAAUCACAGAAUGAAACAUUUAUUACUCAGACAACCACCCUCCAAACUGACAAUAAAUCCUUCCAGUCAAAGAUAAAUAGCCUACAGGAUCAAAAUUCAAACCUCCAAUCCCAGUAUGCAAAACUGCAAGUGGAACAGGCCACAAUUGGUUCCCAGAAUUCAACACUGCAAUCACAAAACUCGCACCUCCAAAGCCGGCUCUCAAAACUAGAGCUGGAGGAAGAGCAAUCCAAAUCAAAGUUAGAAGACAUGGAUAAGACUUAUGAAUCACUCUUAGGCAACUACGAUCAGUUGACACAGCUCCAUGAAUCUCUUAAUUCGGAGUACGAAAGUUUGAUCAAUGAACACAGCGCCCUCAAGGGAGAAAUGAAAACAGUGAAGAGUGCAUUUGAAAACAAGAAAGUGCAAUGUGAGGAGAUGGAGAAGAAGAAGGAGGACAUGCUUCUCUUGCAAAGCUCUCUUCGCCAAGAGGAAGAUACCCUUAGGAAAAUGAAAAGGGAGAGAUCUUCUGCCACGUUAGAGCGGGAUCAUGAGUCAUUGCAACACAUUCACAAACGAUUGAAAAAGGAGUAUGAGGAGCUUGAAGAGAAGCAUAACACAGUUAAAGGAAAAUACAGGACGUUACAACGUGAUCACACAGUCCUUCAGGGUGAACUCCAUGACGCUAAAGACAGGUGUCAACAAAUGGAUAUUGAAACCACAAAGAUAGCCCACCGAUGUGAGAUGUUAAAUCAUUUAAAUGGUAAUUUAGAGGAAGAGAACAAAAAGCUGAUGGAACAGUUAAGUCAACUUAUGGCACAGAAUCAGGAAUUGCUAGUGUCAACACUUGAAAGCAAGGAACUGCAUCAUGAAGAGCAGAAACAACUGGUGGAAAAAUUGAAUAAUUUACGUCGGCAGAAAGAAAAGCUUGAAGAAAAAAUUAUGGACCAAUAUAAAACGUCGCCCCCUAAGAGCGGUACUCUUAGCUUAGAGAGUGAGCUUAGCUAUCAGAACACACUCUGUUCAUGGAAUAAGGGAGGAGGAAUUAGUGGUUUAUUAAAACGAAUUCAUAAGCCUCGCAAUAAAGAGAAAUCUAAGAAGGAACGUAAGUACUCCCUCGGCAAUGACAGCCUAGACUGUGCCAUGGACAGUCCCGGAGAAACAUCCUCAAUUGGCUCAGGUGGUGGGGAGUCAAUAGAUGGAAUCGCAGUAGAAGCGGUCAGACAACCAGCUGAUACCGAUAUCGUGAUGAGUGAUGACGACCUGGGCAAUCAGUCCUACAUACGUCGUAAACAUAACCGUUCGAAGGCAUCAGCCCAGCACCGCAAGUCCAUGCCGGCCUACGUUCACGAAGCCCAACGUGAACCGGUCCUACAGAGAAAAGAAGCUGUCCAUAGUAGUCUAUCAUCCGAAGACCUUCGAAUGUCAAAAGAUGACUUGGACUCUCUGUCAAGUACCUCGUCCACUAAGCGAGCACCGCAAGCCAGACGCUCCAGUUUUGAGCAAGCCCUAGAGGCUUACCCCUCCCUGAAUCUCUCCGAUGCUUUUCCCCAAGAUUCAGAUUUCGCUGACUAUGAAUUUGAACGUGCCCAAAGUCUUGAUGAUAAUUGUUCCCCGGGAAGUGAUCGCCGAGGCACUAAGGGAUUGAUGUCACGUAUACGCAGCCGUUCUCGCGAGAUUCUCGAUGAUCUCCGUUACAAUUCUGCAUCAAAUUUAUCCAAAAUGGACCAGUCAGAAAGCCAAGUGUCUUUUCCUAUUGAAGAACCAGUCAUGACAUCAACAAUUGUGCAAGGAGAAGAGACAUCGAUUUCAACUGGUGCUACUUACUCAUCUGGCAAUAGAUAUUCUGAGCGUCUAGACCUUAACAUAACACCACCAAUCCCAGGUGCCUCAGAUGACCGAAUAAACUCCUCGACUAAUAACUCCAUCAUAUCUAAUAUGACAUACGAGGAUGAUCUCAAUGAUGCUGACAUAAAUUGUAGCCAGUAUUCAAACUCUAGGCCGAAUCCAGGAUAUAAUUCCCCGACUCACAUCAACAGCCCUCAGGGACCAUCAUCUUCGACCCCGAGAUCUAAUAAUCUUAAUCCAUCAGUAUAUGCUGCGAUUCCUUAUCACAAGUUAACACCUACUGACCGGACCACACCCCCAACCAUCACUAAAAAAACGCCACCUGUUAGUCAUAAAGUACUGCAACCUAAACCGCGGUAUCCACAGAAUCUAAACAGCCCAAGAACCAGUACCUCGUCACAGGAGAAUUCCCCACGAGAAUCUGUAAAUAUUCCAGUUGAUACUGUAAACAUACCCUCCCCACGGACUCCGCGAGACAAAAUUAGGCAUCCUCCAAUUGGCCGUAAUAAAUCAAAUGCCUUCUCUUUCGAACAUUCCAACUCACUACCACGCAAAAACAGCCUCCCUAAACAGGUUUAUGAGAAGCCAGCAAAGAUCUAUGGAUCAGAAUCAAACCUGGCAAGCAAUUCCACAAAGGUCACCCCCGGGGAUUGCAAGGGUAAGGGAAAAGUGCCGACAAAGAGUUUGGAGGAUGCCAAUAACUCAAUAGAUAAUUCUAAAGAUGCUAAGAAAGAGAACUCUAUCUGGUAUGAGUAUGGAUGUGUGUAGAGCUUAUUUCUAAACUCGAAUUGACAGUGAUAAAAGACCUACUGUAGUUUUAAUUUACUCUUCCAUUGAUAACAUAAAUAGAAUGUUUGUAAUAGAAGAUGAAGGCCAUUCAGAACAAUUCAGCUUGCUUAUAUGUAUAUAUUUGGUAGUUUUUGAGCAUUAUAAUACAUAGAUUUAUCAAUGAAGUUAAUUAAUUGUAAUUUUUUUUCUUUUUAAUCUUUGUUUUAAAAGUUUUUGCGUAGUUGAUGUGGAAAUUAAAUGCAGAAUGUAUAUGUGAUCGUUGGUGCUCUUGGGGUUUUUUCCCACCAUUUUUAUCACUUUGAAAAAUUAUCUAGUUUUUAAAAUAAUUAAAUUGAUGCCCAGUAAUUAGUUACAAGAACAAGACUUGAGUCUUCCCCUAAAAAAUAAUGAUUAUAACUUGUGCAAGUUUAUUAAUUUUAUAGAUAAACUUGAAUGAAUUUUUUUCAAGAAAUUCCUUGUAUAAUGCUAGUUGAACUCUGGAGUAAACGUGUGUGAUAAACCACACUAAAUUCUGUAUUCAUUUCCAAUGGUCAGUGAUAUCACCUAUUGAGGUUUUCCCCAUUCUACAGGAACUAGUUGAAAAAACAUUUUUAACUUUACAAUUUUAUUACUAUCGAACAUAAAUUAAGCGCUAUUUUUGUCGUAUUUGACCAGAAUCUUUAGUGUGUCAUACAUGAUAUCAAUUCUUAUUGAUAUAACUUGCUUAAUCAAUUGUUUUUCGAAACAGUGGAUGGUAAAAAGCAAAAUAUUUUCGGUCCAUGCAAUUUCAUUUGAGUGUAGUCACCAUUCUCUGUUGCACUUUCACUGGUUAUGGCAUUGCUUUCAUGUACAAACCACGCUGCUUCGGUUACUGUCUUUACUCAAUCCACACUGCUUCGGUACUCAAUUCACGGGAAGGUGAAGUGUAACUAGCAUGAAACAAAAAUAAAAAACAAAUGCAAAAAUUAUAUAUUUCUGCUUUCUGUAAGCACCACUGCAUAUCCAGGUAUGAUAUUUCUGCAAUUCAAAAAUCGGUUUUCGCUAUUUCUGGCAGCAUUGUUGUGUUGCCAGAAAUGGUAUACAGUACUAAAACAUCAUUAUGCAUUGUGCAACAUGAGUUAAAGAUAAUCACAGUGGUUCUGCCCUUUGACCUCCAGGAUCACUAACUUUCCUCAUGAUAUGGGUCUGUUUAGUUUUUCUUGAAUAUCAUGCCUGAAAUUGCACUCAACUUUCUGAUAUAUAAUCCCAUAAUAAAGUAUUUGUAGUUUAUAAUAAUAUCAUCCAAAGAAUCCGUGAACUAUACCCCAAAGAUAUACAAGACAAUAAUUGUCUCUAGGUAUUGUGAUCAUCAUAUUUUAUUAAGAGAGUUCAGCUUUAUACCCAAUUUACACAAGACAAAUGUUACACAUAAUGUGUUGCAAGAAAAAUUAUAUACCUGCUACUGUUAAAAGGUGCAUCCGUGUGAGAUUCACUCUGGCCUUGUGUGUAUCUUCAUGAUCCGUGUAUGAAUUGUUGACUUUUGACAGUGAGGAAUACAGUCUGUAACAUUCUGUCUUGUAAAUUAGAUAUAUAGUACACUCUGCAAUUCGAGACCCCACUAAUUCCGAGACCAUUUUUUCAAAGAACCGUAACAAUCUUCAAUCUUUUAACACAAAUGUAAUGCUAAAUAAGUGGAGACCAAACCACAUUUUCAGGUCCCAAUUUUGGGGUUGAAUUGGAGGGUGAACUAUAAUUACCUGUUAGAAUCCAAUUAUGAUUAUAAAUAUGCGGUCAGGGGUGGUGCCAGGAAUUGCCUGAUGAGGGCUCCAAGCUUCCCUACAAGGGGAAUUUCAUUAUGCAAACAGAUCAAAUAAUAAUAAAUAUAAAUUGUACUGCUAGUAAAGAUACAUGUUCCUUUGGUAAAUAAUUGGUUUAAAUAACUAGAAGAUAUAUUUUAACAUUAAUAGAUGAAUAACCUAGAGGAUGUGAAUUGGCUUAUAUCACUCUCACAGUUUGAAUGUGUCUAGAUAUUCUCUAAAUCGUUCACCAUAAAAAAAACAAUUUUAGGGAUAGUAGUGCUUGAAAGAUACAGAUAUGCUCUCAUGUGGCCUCUUUAGGGUUUUCGUUCUAAACACUUAAAAAAAAAUAAUCAAAUUAAUUAACAAAAUGUACAAAAAUAUUGCAAUGUGGAUGGCGGGUUUUGAGAUCUUUGUUAAAUAUGAUUUUUUUUUUGUAAAUUACCGGUAAUCUUUUGGUAGAUAACAGUACUUUUUCAUUGGUACUCUUUUAUUUAUUUAUUUUUCUCCUUUUUUUCAUUAACCUACGAAGUUUUUUAGUACAAUGGUACACAUGUUUUUUCUGUGUAAUGUAGAAACAGAUACAAGGUAUUUAAACAAACUAUUGUGUAUCUUUCUCCAAAUACUGUAUCUUGUAUGGUACACACUUUUUCAGUAUAUAAUUACCAUAGAUGGUAAACAUUACAAUGAUUUUGAUUGGUUAAUGGCGUGCUGACUUGUGCUGAUGAAAAUUAUGUUUAAAUAUCAACAAUAUUAAAGGAUUGUGAAUAUAAAUUUAUUGUAUGAUUAUUUACAUAGAAUGAAAUUGUGACAAAAUAAUUUGAAUAUUGCUAGAAGAAUUAUAGUUCUGUAAUUCUAUUAUAUGAAUAAUUUGUGAAAGGAAUUUAUGAACAACACAGCUUCCUUCACGUAAAACUUUCUAUCAUGCUAUUUCGUAUUAGUUUGAACGAAUGUUGAAAUGUUGUUGAAUGUGUAAAUAAUAAAGUAGAUGUCAUUCACAAAAUGAA